CGGUGUCUCUGGCAAGGGAAAAAGUACCUUACAGGAGCGCUAUGAAGAGGUGAAAAACUCGGCCGAUCAGUACCAAAUCCUACAAGUCGGCUUGACUAUUUGCCAUGAAGACCCGGAGACAGCGACUUACACGCUGAAACCGUACAAUCUCUAUUUGAGUCCUAUCAUCGACCGGAAGCUGGAAUUAGAAAGGAUCUGGACCUUCCAAAGCGGCGCCGUCGAAUUUCUUCUGGAGAACAAUUUUAGUAUGGACAGUCUGUUCAAACAUGGCGUCCCGUACGUGUCAAGGGACGAGGAGGAACGGGCAAUCGCCAAAGUCAUCGAGAGAUGUGACCGCACCACAGUGCGCAGCUCGCUGGAUGUCAUGGAAACCGAGUAUGAGUCGCUCGCAUUCCUGAAGGACGUUCGUCGUCUUGUUGAUGACUGGCUUUCGCUUGGCGACGCCCGAGAAGACUACCUAAACGUCCCCCCACCUACAGGUUCCAAACAACCUAGGUCCAUGCAAUCUGGGGUCAAUAGGUUCCAAAAGAGACUUAUCCACCAGCUCAUAGAAGUUGAGUACCCGCAUUUGGUCACCAUUGGCAGGCCUACGUUUGUUCAAAUUGUUGACUACGACGAGCAACGUGAAAAGAACGUUCGAGACCAGAGAUUGCAGUUGAUACAGGAGCGAAUCAGGAACCAUACUGGGUUCAGAUGGGUCGCGGAAGCGCUGGCUGGAGGCGACCUUACGAAUCUGGAUCCAUAUUACUUCAUCAAUCUUAGGUCAGGCUCGGACGAGCCUGGGAGUACUACACUCGAGGAAUUUUCAGAUGGGGUGAAGCAGCGGCUGCGGGACAACAGGCCUGUCCUGGUUGGUCACAACCUCUUUACUGAUCUGAUUUAUUUCUACCGCUGUUUCUUUGGCCCACUGCCAGACCGUGUUGAAGAUUUCGAAGCCCUGGCUCAUAAGUAUAAUACGCAAGCUAUAGAUCACGAAGCUGGUUAUGAUAGCCUGCUCACCGCGCAAGUAUUCAUUAAACUUUCUGCACAGCUCCGUGGUAAGGGGACUUCGGGAGAUCCCCCGGCAAUCCCACAGCCGGCAAGCACGAAGCAGAUUAUAGGCGACUUUGAGGCUACAGUCCUCCUACCCAGGCGCCCCGAGCCUAGCGCUGUUCGUAUAAUGUUUGGCUCAAUCGAAGUCGACACAAAGUCUGACGAUGCCGAUGCGGAUGCCAGCGAUGUGGCCGACAUGAUUAAGAAGAUGUGUCUGGGGCCCCGCAACUCUAUUGAAAUACAACAGAAAAUUGACAAUGGCUGUUUGAUUCCACGAUUGGGCGCGCCUUUUUGGAAAGUUUACGGAAAUAAACUCCGUGUUUUUGGUACAAACGAGAGGAUGUCGUCGGGGUCCAAUGGUGCUAGGCGCGUGGCGUUGCUUUUGCGGCCCACGAUCUCCGAUCCUAGAGUGUGCAGAAGCUGUCAAGAGACACUCGUCCGCCGCAGUUAUGCCUCAGCCGCUACACAGGCCUCACCAGAACCUUCCUCCACCGCCACCUCAGCCUUCCCCGUUGUGAAGCCCACCCAUACCAUCAAGGCCGGCGUGGUCCUCUCCCGCCCCCCUCAAAUCACCCGCGACCUUACCGAUUUCGAAAAGGCAUACUACUUCUAUCAGAAGCGAUUGAACGAGCGUCUUACCCUGCCUUUCACGAAAUACUUCUACUUCAAGCGUGGAACGCCUGCCGACGAAGACUGGAAGCGCAAGAUCCGGGAACGCCAGACACCCGCGCGUGACAUCGGCAAGUACAAUCCGUACUCCAAGGAAGCAUGGAACGAUGAGCUUCUCGUUGGAGCCGUAGAGUCGGACCCGGCGCACCAGGUGGAAAUGCUUGUGCAGGAUGCCGAGUCUACGGUCAAUGCCACUUCCCAGGACACCAGCAAGAAGGAAGAGAUUCCGAGACCGUUUCCCCGGGUGACGGAGGCGGACCAAAAGAACGACCAGAGAAGCCUCAAUCGGGCACUGCAGAGGACUCUUUAUCUCCUUGUGCAGUCCAAGGAGGGAUACUGGAAGUUCCCCAGCUCUCCUGUUGAGGUGGAUGAGACCAUUCGACAGGCUGCCGAACGUACUCUUGAACAAGCCGCAGGCGUCAACAUGAACACCUGGAUGGUGGGCUACCACCCGGUGGGCCACUACGUCUACAAUGUCCGGAACCCGAGCAAGCUGGCAAACGGAGAGGGACCUGCGGGCGAGAAGGUCUUCUUCUUGAAGUCGCGCAUCAUGGCUGGCCAGGCCGACCUGACCAGCAACACUCAGAACCUGACCGACUUCAAGUGGCUGGCGAAGGAGGAGAUUUCGAAGUUCGUGCGGCCCCACUACUACGCCAGCAUCAAGAACAUGCUGGCCGAGCGGUAAACCGGUAACGAUUGUCACUGUCAUGGAUGGGAUGGAGUGUAUGGAUCGUUGCGGGGACUUAUCUUUGGGGAUGCCCUUGUGCAGCAGGUCUGAGUCUUGCAUAUAUCAUAGUAGGUCAUGUAUAACUAGCUUUCCGUUUCUUCGCUUCUUAUUUGCAAUGAAAGCUUUCUCGUCAUAAGUAUAUCCCAAACGCCAUCUACCGUACCCAAGCCAACCAAACAAUCCCACAAGCAUAAGACUAGUACUACCGCGAUACCUCUGAAUCACUUCAAAUUAA